GCAGCGGCAGAUAGCGGCGGCGGCAGAGAGCGGUGGCGGCGGCAGCAGCAGCAGCAGAAGAAGAAGAAGAAGAAGAGGGCAGCAGUGGCUCCGCACCGCGGUUACUGCCCUUAUCCGUUAUCCCUCUUUGGAGCCGCCUCCCGCCCCAACUCCACCCCAGGAGCAGCAGUCUCCAGCCCCGGCAGGCAACGACAGUUUCGGGCAGAGAAGGGUGAGCGCGGGUGCUGAAAGACUGAGCCCACCAUGACGGAGAGCCCGGCCCCGGCCCCGGCACCAGCCCCAGCCGCCAAGCCCAAGCGGGCCAAGGCGGCGAGGCACUCGGCAGCCCACCCCAAGUACUCGGACAUGAUCGCAGCCGCCAUCCGGGCCGAGAAGAACCGCGGCGGUUCCUCCCGACAGUCCAUCCAGAAGUACGUGAAGAGUCACUACAAGGUGGGCGAGCACGCUGACACCCAGGUCAAGCUCUCCAUCAAGCGGCUCCUCGCCACGGGUGUCCUCAAGCAAACCAAAGGUGUCGGCGCCUCCGGCUCUUUCCGCCUAGCCAAAGGCGAGAAACCCAAGAAAAAAAUAGCCCGGAAGGGCAAGAAGGCCAUCAAGAAAGCUGGAACACCCAAGAGAGCAGCUAGACCCAAGAAAGCCAAGUCGCCAAGAAAGAAGCCCAAAGCCACUGUCAGGAAGUCUGGAAAAAAGCAGAGGGCCACACCAAAGAAAUCCAAGAAGCCAAAGACCAUUAAAACCAAGUCACCGAAGCCAUCAAAGCCCAAAAAGGCAAGGCGGUCCAAACCCAGAGCAAAGUCCAGUGCCAAGAAAUCACCCAGGAAAUGAAGUUGGGAGGCUCGUUUCUGGACUCUCCUCCUCUGUUUCUGUAAAUAGUUUUUGGCUUUUUUUCCCCCUUUUUCUAUUGCGAUAUAUAAAGAAUUGAUCUAUUCCUGCCUGGAAAUAGAUAAAAUAAUGCAAUUACUGUGAAAAAAAAAGAAGAAAAAAAAAAAGGGAAUGUCUUCAUUAUGGAGAGUUCCAAUUUUUAAGAGUUA